AGUGCCUUGCUUGGCGGUUGUAUGCGUAUGAUGUGCGCACUGUCAAUGUGUGCAGCACAGGAAUGAUAGAUUACUCUCAACUUUGUACAAGAGAGUAGAGUUAUGAGGAUGUGUGCAUAUAAAACGUAACUGGUCCUCGGUUUAUGGUAGUCAAAACUGAAUUAAUCUAUAAGGAAUUGCGUUCUUCUAAGAAAUUGCUACGAGACAAUUUGCCUACUUUGAGAAAACCGGCGGCGGUCACACAGCGUGUGGAAUGGCAGCGACACGACCGAUUAAAGGUAUCCUGAAAAACAAAAACAACGAGACGAACAUCAAACCCCUGCCCGAAGAUGUGCCCUCGGAAAACCCCGAAGAAACGCCCGGACUUUCUGAGGAUGACCAGCAGAAGAAGUCCCAGAAGUGGGACGAGAUGAACAUCCUUGCGACGUACCACCCAGCUGACAAAGACUACGGUAUGAUGAAGAUAGACGAACCCAGCACGCCCUACAACAGGAUGGUGGGUGACGAAGAUGACGAGGGUGCCCUCAGUGACUCAGACGGUCACAGCGCGCCUACGGCCGACGACCUAGCCUCAAAGCUAACGGCAGCAGAGAACGUAGAUCACCGAUUCAUGGGGGGGGAGGAGGAGGAGGGGAGCAGUGAAGAGGAGGAGGAAGAGGAGAUAAGUGCUGAAGAACAAGCUAAGAGGUCACAGUUUCAGAUGAUGAGGAAGAUGCACUACAACGAAGGCAUGAACAUCAAGCUCGCCCGUCAGCUCAUCGCCAACGAGGAUGACGAAGACGAGGAUGAGGACGAAGACGAAGAGAUGAGGGACGUGACGGAGGAGGUGGCCACGGCAGCAGAACCAACAGAGGAGAAGGAGGAGAAGGUGGAGGAGACGGAGGAAAUCCACGUUGACCCUCCGCAGGAAGCUGAAUCUCUGGACUCCUAGGAGUGGCACUCCUCGCUCUGUCCCUGUGUUAUCCUGCUUAUCUCUACUCUGAUCCAGACGGACUACUCCGCUACUGUACUCGCUGUCCUGGUGUUGCACCAACCAGCCGACCACCAAGUCUACACCAACUAUAAUUCAACACCUUCAACAGCCAAUAACAUUGCCGGCCUGUCGUCCUUGUCUACAACUCCUUUAAAUAACGUAACAAUGCAGUGCAAUACACCCCUUAAAAAAAAAAAAAAAAGUGUUUUUGACCUUUUACUUCUGGAAGAGAUGCUAAUGCAGACAACUGACUUCCACUGUUGCCAAGAAGCCUAUUCGUUUCCCUUUCUGACCUCUCUCACACUUGAUUCGCGCCAAGGACUAAGAACCGGGACUUGUCCCCGAGCUCCUUUUUAAAGACUGUGCUGGACCACUGAUUGUUAUGAAGCAGGUAGCCCUCUCCCCUCCGUCGUGGAGCAGAGUGGGCUUGCUGACCAGAUCCACUGUCUCUCCACAGCAGCCCUGUCGACGCAUGGCCCUCUGCAUUAUUUAUCUCAAUGGUGGUUGCAGUAGUGAGUAAGGGUUCCAUUUAUUUAUGACCCAUAACCUGGCUCUUUGUUUUUUCCCAUUCCCCACACAUUUUAUAUAAAUCACCUUGGCGAGCUUUCUUGUGUCCUCAUAGUAUGACUCAUAAUAACAAUGAUAAUGCCAAUUAGCACUCUAUGGUUAUGAAACAUAAUGCCAUUCGAUUAAGAUUGUGUGUGACCAUAUCUUUAUUCCAGUGUGUUAUUCAUGACCAAUUAUAGAGGCUUCUGAUUAACCCUGUAAUUGGAUCUAUUAUUAUUUCACCUCUACUUGAUAACCAGCAGAAUUUUCACGACUAAAAUAUAAAUAUAUGUAUUUAAAAUAUAUUGAAUCAAUCUCACUCAUGAACGAUUUAUAGCAUGGCUUCCCGGUUAAAAUCUGAAUUCCAAUACAGAACAAUCCCUUUCCUUGCCGCUGCAGUAAUGCGCUCAAAUGCAUCUCAUCUACUUAUCCCUCAUACAUCAACUUCUCUCUGUUAAGUAUGGAGCAUUCUGUCAGUUCAGAAUGUCAUGUCUCGCAUGUUAUGCAAGACAUGUCAACAGGAACUUUGCUCAAAUGUAAAGCUCAAGCUGUAAAUUAUUAUAAAUUAUACAAACUUACGGUUAAAUUAAAUCAGCAUUCUCAUAACUGGCGGGGCUAUGUUGCCCCUGAUGGUGUAUCUUUUUUGACAUUUAGAGGACUUUUUUUUUUUACAGGAUGAAUUAAAUUUUUGUAAUGUAAAGCUGCCGGUUGUUGCAUUUGCCUUGUCUUAAAUUCCCAGCACAAGUCUUUCUGCUGGUUCUGUGAAGAGAGAGCUUUGGAAGGCUCUGGGAGAGUAAGAGAUAGAGACUGUCUUAAGUGCUAUUUAGCCCUUCUGUCAUAUUAGAGUUUAGACAAGAGGAAAAUACCACUUGUAAUUUAACUUAUGUUCAAAAGAUUCAAUGUGGAGGAAGGUCUGAAAGAGUAUAGAAAGCACAUUUUAUGUAAUACAAAGGUCUUGUAAAGAUGUGAAAAGGGGUUUUCAUAUAAUGCUAUAUUAAAUGUAGUUGUACGCACUGUUAUAACCGGAUAUUACAUAUUGCCCUUAAAUGUGUGAUUGCCCAUUACUGUGUUAAUUUAUUUGAACCCUAAGCAUGUCUUGUCAUAUAUUUUAAAAGCUUCUCUCUACAUGCAUCUGUCCCUCAGGCCUUAUGCACACGUCAGAAGACUGUUUGUUGGUCAUUACACAGAUUGGGCCGCCAUAUUGAGUUUGAGCCUUGUGGCUUUAAGGAGUAGUAUUAGAGCUCCAAGAGCAGAACACUGAAUCACUGAGCUUACAUUAAAGCUAACACUUUACUUGCAUUUGUUCUGAAAAUAUCUGUUUAAACUCUUGAACUCCUGAAUAUAUCCAGUGGUAGACCAAAACUAAGUUCAAAGCAUGAUGUUGACAUGCAUACAUGGUUUAGGAACAUUAUUGAUACAAUUAUCUGGAUUAAAUAUCUGAACCAUAAUACAAGUAGGUGAGUCUGCCUGGCUAGGAAUUUGACUUAAAUACAAUUACUGAAACUCAAAUCUUAAAAUUACUUCAUCUUUGUGUGGCAUGCUUCUGUUUCUUUAUGAUUUACGAGCGGAUAAUGCGUGAUCGAAGCUGUAUCUAUUGCUCCCUCUUCAAUCAGAUUCUCAAUCUGCUAUAGCUCAUACUGGAUGUGGCUUAAAUCUGACAAACCUCUUAUUCUACGUGUGACUUGUUGCAAAAAGGAUGCUUAAGAGUUUUGUUAACUUUGUUACUUGAGAUAAAAGGAUCGACUGCGCACACAUUUAUUCACAAGUUGACUUUAACCUCAUGAUGGAGAUUGCAAUACUUUACUGUAUUCAUGUAAGUGUGUAUCAAUCUACGCUAUGGAUAUGCCAUGUCCUCUUUCUCCUGCCCCUCACCUUGCUUUUGAAUAGCUAAAUAUUUACCAUGUUUUCAAACAAACACAGAAAAUCAUGUCUCCUUUCGUGUGUCUCAAGAUUGUCUGAUUCAUAUGUUUUUGUAUUUCGAAUUUGCAUGUACUUAAUCACAAAGAUGUGCAUUUUUGUUUCUUCAUUAAACAAUGUUAGCAAAAUCUAUGUGACUCA